AUGCGGUCGGUGCGGAGCGCUGGACCGUCGUGCACCAUCAGCAUCCUCCUCAUCGUCUACAAGACAAAAGAAAUGGCCAGACCCGAGGAGCGCAGGACGCGCCCGCUUUCAGGAGACGGUGAGCUGAGUUUGAGUAGAUCCCUGGUUAAUAGUUCCGAUAAGAUCAUUCGGAAAGGUGGCUCUUCAAUCUUCCAGCACUCCGUAGAAGGUUGGAGAAUCAAUUCUACUUUGGUCCUGGAGAUCAGGAAGAACAUACUCCGGUUCCUGGAUGCGGAAAGAGAUGUCUCCGUGGUGAAGAGCAGUUUCAAGCCGGGAGAUGUGAUCCACUAUGUGCUGGAUCGACGCCGCACCCUCAACAUUUCUCAGGACUUACACAGCCUCCUCCCCGAGGUCUCCCCGAUGAAAAACCGGCGCUUCAAAACCUGCGCCGUGGUUGGAAACUCUGGCAUUCUGCUGGAGAGCGAAUGCGGCAAAGAGAUUGACAAGCACGACUUUGUCAUCAGGUGCAAUCUAGCUCCUGUGGUGGAGUUUGCUGCCGAUGUGGGAACUAAAUCUGAUUUUAUUACCAUGAAUCCAUCAGUUGUACAAAGAGCGUUUGGAGGCUUUCGGAAUGAAAGUGACAGAGAAAAAUUUGUGCAUAGACUAUCCAUGCUGAAUGACAGUGUCCUUUGGAUCCCUGCUUUCAUGGUCAAAGGCGGAGAGAAGCAUGUGGAGUGGGUUAAUGCCUUAAUCCUUAAGAAUAAAUUGAAAGUGCGAACUGCCUAUCCAUCACUGAGACUUAUUCAUGCUGUCAGAGGUUACUGGCUGACCAACAGGGUUCACAUCAAAAGACCCAGCACAGGCCUCCUCAUGUACACCCUGGCCACAAGAUUCUGUGACGAAAUUCACUUGUACGGAUUCUGGCCCUUCCCGAAGGAUUUAAAUGGGAAAGCAGUCAAAUACCAUUACUAUGACGACCUCAAAUACAGGUACUUUUCCAACGCCAGCCCCCAUCGGAUGCCACUGGAGUUUAAAACAUUAAACGUGUUGCACAACAAAGGAGCGCUCAGAUUAACAACAGGAAAAUGCGAACAGCAAUAAGUCCAUCCGAAAGGCUCCUCCCCGACACAACUUAACCCUCCAGUUGUUGGAAUGGAAGUGGGAUUCCAAAAGAGGAAAGAUUCCCUUACCCGUUAAGUCACUGGGGGACAAAAAAGAGGAAGUUGACGAGAAAUCUACUAUCAGCCGAUGACCUACUUGUAAACGUAGGCAUUUCUGACUGCGAGGAAUUGCCAGUUUAAGAACCCAGCUUGAAUGUAUAAUCAGUAGUGUUUACAAGACCCGACAGAAAUUCGCCAUAGAGAGAAGCCGAUGUAUUCCUCUGGAACUCCACACCUACAACCAAUCGUUCGGAGGGGAGUCCGAGAAGAAACUGGUUUCCUUGUGGGCGAUCAAAUCACUGUUGUCCGGAAAACCCACGACGGAAAGAGUUUAAGCAACAGAAUGCAUAAGAUCGAACAACUCAAGCAAAUGCCUUCAGUCAGGAGAUGGUGUCUGAUCUUAUAUUAUAACCUCAUGUUUCGAUUUUUGUUAUUGCUGUCUUUUGGUUUCUAUUUGGUCUGGGGAUUGGAAAUAUGAACAGGAACACGUAAAUGAUCAAAGAAUCGCUUUUGAUGUUCAUAUCUGGGAAAAAAAGUCAUUCAAACAUCUCUCAUAAUGCACAAGAGGACAUCGCCAAAGUAUUUUUGGAUGAUGUGGUAAAUUGCCCACUAAAUGAUGGGAUUCAGUCACCUGGAGCCUUUCUUUAAGAAAGAUCUAUCUGUUCCAUGCCAUCAAGGAAAGUGAAAAGUGAAUGAAAAGGUGCCCUUAUUUUUGGUACCAAAGAUUACACUGUUUUUUGUUUUUGCUUUUUUUAACACAAGAAACUUUUCUCUCUCCACUGAAGUGAUAUGUCCUUUUGGUAAUGUGAUGUUUGACUGCCCGGUUGAAAGUAGUCCCUGAGAGAUUUAUUUUAGUUCCAAAAACUAGUAUUUUGUUAAAUUUUGGUUGGAAUAAAAAACAGCAUCUCUCAACUUUGAAUUUACUAAGACUCGGCUGACACAUUCGGGCUUUAAGAGGUCUUGAACUGAAACUUGGACUGGUGGUUUAAAAUUUCUCUUUCUAUUUGAAUGCGGAGAUUGGUUCGAUGUUUAAGGGGUUUUUCAAUUUUGUGUUUAGUAAAAGAGAUAAUAGACUCUCUGGAGAGUGUUCAUUUCCUAGCAGAGGAGGGUCGUUUGGGGAAGCAAGUUGAAAAGGAAUUUACACAUCAGAAUUUCACACUUCAAAGGAACUAAAGUCACCUAGAAUAUUCAGCGGGUCAAUUCGGUUGUAAUCUUGCUUUUGUAAAGGUGAAAUGAAUGAGAAGAAAGCCAACUGAAACCAUAAAUUAAAUGAGACACUUUAAUAGGUUGGGCAAUAUAUGAUUUUUUGGUAGCAAAUUCUGUGCUUAAGUAAUAUAGGCCAAAUUCCAUUUUAAAGUAUUACUCUGGAAUGACAAAUAAGAAUCCCUUCACCGAUCACUCUGCCUUUUCUUCCAAGAGGGAAACCUAAGGGCAGACAUGGCAAAUUAGUAGUGAAAUCCAGGUUCCCCAAGCCAGGCCAUAAAAAAUCUCCUCUGGAAGAGGAGAGCAGAGAAGCAUUACCCACUACUAUUCUGCCAGGGAGGUGUUCAAAGCCAGGAAUCAAGAAUGAGGGGGGUCAGAUCUCAGCUUGGGUCCCCUUCCCAUUUGGGAGGAGGGCUGCUAUUUGGACAGUCCCCAUGUCUUGAGUGGGCAAGGAAAAAAAGUAUUUUUCAAGGGAAAUGGAUCUCUUGUACAUCUGAGCUCUUUCCUCCCUGAAAAUCGUGUCUGAUGACAACCGUGGCUCGGAAGAGGGUCGCAGACUUGAAACAAUAAAGGCCAUCUCAUCUAAUAAUCAGAAGGGAAAACGGGCUGAAGAGCAAUAUUCUGGGUCGUUCAUAGCUAAAUUGAGGUGGCCCAAGUCCAAAAAUCCAUCUAAGUUGAUGAAAUUAUUGAGCAACAUUGAAAAGCUGGGGAAGGUAGCAGCAUAUUGAAGAUCUAUUUGGAGUAGCCACCAUCAGACAACCAUUCAUAGAGCAGGACCUCACUUCGGAUGGUAUAGUUCUGGGGCAAAUUCUCCCGGAAGAUUAAUGAAUUUGGGGAACUAUCGAACACAGUCAGCCAAUCAAUGAUAUUUAUUGAACACUUAUAUUGUGUACAGAGCACUGUACUAUAAUACUUAAUGAGCAGGAUAUGUUAAAUGGUUCAAGGUAGAGUUUAAGAUCAGAGAAAGAACGGGGUCUUCAAAGCAGAUGGGCAGUGAUCAAUGUAAAUUUAUUUCUUCUAAUAAGCACCCAUGUCAGUAAGCACUGGUGUCACUGAACGCUGAUGUCCAUCUGCGAGUUCUAUUGUACUCUACCAAGCGCUUAGUACAGUGCUCCGCACACAGUAAGCACUCAAUAAAUACGACUGACCUACUGACUGAGAGCAUGACGAACUAAAUACCAUACGACUUCUUCCCCCGCUUUACUAUUCCAUAGAAUCUGUGUGAUCUCUGAAUCUGUUUCCCGACUGAAAUUAUCCUCUCGUCGAAAGAGUAGCUAUCAAAAAGGGUUUCGGCGUGGGAGGAAACAGCUUCUGUUCAUCUCAGGGAGCUUGCAAUUCUCCAGUGUUAAUUCUGUUCUAGGUCCAUAAAGCUCUCACUAUGCUAGACCAGUUCAUAUGCUAACAAACAGCUACCCCGCUCCCUCUCCCAGUUCCACUGUCUACGCACUGUUUUAGGACUAAUUUAGGAGGAGCGUGAAGAGGAGAAAUCAUUCACAAUUAGCUCCAAGAAAGAAUACCGCAGGCGAGUAAAGUGCUCCCAAAUGUUUCGCUCGAUGGUUGACGUUAUAUGAGCAUCUACCGUGUGCAGAGCACUGUACCCAGCGCUUGGGUACAAUGGAGAUGAAAGACAUGACCCCCACCUUCAAGGAGGUGGUAUCUUAAGUGUCUCUGGAGGCAGUUGGAGAUAUUUCACAGCUGCAACCCACUUCCACGUUCCGGCUUUAAACUAGCCCGAGAAAGUUGGGGGCCGUGGGAACUCCUCUCGAGAAGACUGUUUCGGGACUGUCGACCAGAGAUACACCCAGUACACUCUCACCUCUAGUUCCCGGGCACUCUAGGGCUAAAACUAACAUGGGUAAACAUAAACCGAGGAAGCAGUGCCCUGAUUUAAUGACCUGUAAUUCUCUGAGGGGAAUCCUGAGUGAAUGAAACCCAGAAUUCGAUUCCAACAGACUGGAGAGGACAGGUCUGACGGGACAGAGUGUGAUACCCGGUGUGAAAGUGUAUAUCAAUCACUAAAGGAAAGUUCUUCCUAGGAGCUUAGAAAAGGAAAUCUGCUGAGCCGAGUUCUUCCAACAGGCCUUGCCUCUUACUACAUCUUCAGAAGACAGAGCAAGGGAAGUCAGGGGUCAAAGAGAUUUGUUUGCAUUGGAGGUAAUUCGUCAUCAAUGCACAUGAUUUCCCACUUGGUCCUUUAAAGACUAGCUCUCAGAUGCUCUUAGGCCAGAAUUUCAGACCCACCCAAGGAACAGGGUCGAAGAUAUGUAAAAUUAUUGAAUGUUGCAGUUUUAGCUUUGAACAGUUUCGUCAUUGUCAUGAUCCCUAUCUACUUGCCAAAUGUUUUCCAGAAUGGGUAAGUUAGGAUAAGUGUAGAUGUAUUAGGAAGAAACUUUGGAUAAAACCCAGGAAUAUCUUUUACAAAUCAAUCUUGAGAUGGUCCACUUGUUUAAAAUGGCAUUUUCCCAUCAUAGAUUUGCUUUUUAAGUCUCAUUUAAAUGACACUUUUUUUGGAGUAUUGUUUCUUUGUGUAGACAAAAGCACAAGUGUUUAAAUGUGUAGAACAGGAGAAAAAGUUUACAGAGAACAGCAGUGCAGCCCAGUUAUUCUGUCUGCUGGCCACCCGCAAUUCCAUUUGUAGGUUUGAAGAAUUAAGGUGUAUUCUGUCCAGGUUUGUCUUGUUUGACACUGUUUUUAAAUAUUAUUUUAUGUACAGCAUUUAAAUUUCAUUGUUUUAUCAUUUGUACAAGUGUAAAAUUAAAUCCUUUUUUCUGUUUUCUGA